CUCCUCUGUGGCUCUGCCCGUUCCUCUCUGUGAGCCCAUCACUUCCUCCAGGACACUUCUCUUAUGCUCAUGCCUGCACGCUGCAAGAAGAGGCUUAGAUUUGCUCUUGUGCUCAGUGUUUAGCUUGCACUGCGCUUUGAGAAGGCCAGUAAUGUCUUAAGACCUCUUGCAGUCUCUGGAUAUAAAACCCCCCUUUGUUGAGGGGAGGUUGACUUGACUGAGGCGCAUGAUCAGAAUCAGGUGACGAUAUUGGGCACAAAACCAGAGGAGGAUAAACACUUGGGAGUAGGAGAUUAGCUGCUGGGCUUGCCUUCUGACAAGCUGUUUUACUCCUCAGGGAAAAAUGAGUGCCUGGCCCUCUCCUCUGCUUUGGAGCUUAACCAUGGCGUGUUUAACAGGUAUUGCUUUAGGCCAGACAACCACCACCCGGCCCCCCACUGCAUCAACCCCAGCACCUCCCAGUGCAACCACCACCACCACGGCCUCUGCCCCAUCAAAUGCCACUGCCUCGCUCUCAGCUGGGGUGGCAUCAACCACUGCAAACACCAUCGUGUCCACAGCAGUGCCAUCUGCUGCUCCAACCCUCCCUGCUCAGACUGUGCCCACCACCAUGGAUGUGACCGUCCUCACCUCUGGCAGCACCGACACCUCUCAGGUGCCUACAGGACCAAUGGCCGCAUCCACCAGUGCAUCUCCUCCAGGCAUGACCACAUCUCCUGGGGUUUCAUCAGCAGCUCCAUCCCUCACCACUGCCAAGCCCUCGAACUGCAGCACAGUGAACGUGACAGCCUGUGCCCGCUGCUCCCCGGGGACGUUUCCCAAUGAAGGUGCCUUGAGCUGCUCGUGCUGUGCAGGGGGCUCGUGCACAGACCCCAGUGCCUGCACCUCCUGCCCUCGGGGCUACUACCAGCCCGAGAGUGGGCAACCAUCGUGCCUGCCUUGUCCGCAGGGGCAUUACACCAACCUCACAAGGAGCACCACAUGCCUUCCCUGCCCGCCUGGCCACUUCGCUAAUGAGUCUGGGGCUGCAGCCUGCAGAGCCUGCGACAAAGGCUAUUUUAGCUCCAAGCAAAACGCAGCUUUCUGUCUGCCUUGCCUGCCUGGAUCGUUCUGCAACACCACCAGCUGCCCAGCGUGUCUGCCUUGCCCUGCGGGGCAAGAGGCUCUUCAGAAGGCAUCGGAGCAGUGUGUGCCCUGCCCGCCAGGUAUGUUCAAAGGUCCCAGGGACAACAAAUGCACGGUCUGCAGGACAGGAGAAUACCAAUUGCAGCAGGGCCAGGAGAGCUGUGACCUGUGCCCAGAAAAUCACUUCUGCCCCAGCCCUGAUGUGAACCCGGUCAAGUGCCCUCCCGAUGCCUUCUGCCCCUCGGGCAGUGCUGAGCCGACGUACUGCAUGGAAGUCUUCCUCUACAAGGCAGGGGACUCCUGCCAGCUCACCCCCCUCAUGGUGGUUCUCCUGGCCAUCUGCUCUGCAGGUGCCAUCCUUGCUGUGUUUCUAAUAAUUCUGAGAAGAACACCAGAACAUAGCAAGAAAUUGCUGAAGUCUCUAUUGCUGCCCAAAGGCUCAGGACGACACACAAGCUACGGGGGCACUGAGCACACAGAGCCAGUCUAUGCUGGCUGGUAGUGCAGGACAUGCAAUCAGCAAGCACCCAGCACAUGCAAUCAGCAAGCACCUGCUUCUCUAGGGCCUGGGACAAUACAGAUGUGUGCGUAUGAGCAAGAUGUUUAACCAUGAGCAACCUGUUUCUGUAUAGGUAAAAUAAGUGCUGAGAAAUAAAACUCCAUUGUUGAGUUGUGAUGACUUGUGCUAACCAGCCCGGCUGCCUGCUGUGCCAAAAUGGACCGAUGGAAAAGGACUUCCCCUUUCAGUAACUGGCUUCAUUCACAAGUGUAAAUGCUUUUCUCUUUUCCUGAGGGGAAAAAACAAACCAGAAACCAAUUCUGUCUCUCUGUUUCAAGUCAGCUCAACAGAGUGAGGAUUGACUGCUUCAGUUAUUGAGGUUCCUGUGAUACAACACUCGCUCCCACCUGAGCAGGAACUAACAUGAAUGUGCUUCCUUUUAAGAAUAAGCAUUUUUUUUCCCCAUUCUCCAAACUUCGCCAUAACUUUAAGCAAGGGUAAGUCAAGGAAAAGGAUUGCAAAGCCUUCCCCUUCCCUGCAGCUGUGGGAAAACACGUGCAAUUAGGACAAUGGCUGAUUCCUAUACAAGUAUGUCCCUUUUACUUCCUGCUGCAAGGUGGUGCUUUACACUAGAGCUACCAAAACAACUCAAAACUUGCAGCAAACCACACAGGAAUUGGUUUUUCUCCACCAAGCCACACUGGUAAGACAUGAAGCUGUGGCAAUCCCUUGGAGCCAAACUGAGCAGCACACUGCAGCCACGGAAGAUAUGGCUGUACUAGACGCAUUGCUUAAGUGCCCAUGCAGCGUUCUUGCCCUGAUCCCUGAUGCUUGAUUCACCUCCCACCCAGGAGAGCAUCACUUCUAUUUGCACCAGUUUGCCCUGGGCAGAGCUGUGGCACUCCAAGCCUUCUCGUGUGCAGCCAGCCCAGUUUAACCAUCUGGUUAAACUGAUGUGGUUUGUGUGUUACAGGGCUCAUUUCAAACUGUGUAGGUGUUUUGUGUGGUCGGUUGAAUCUUCUCUUUAUAAACUUGUUGUUUGCUCUGUUUU